AGAUCAACAUAACAAACCAAGGAGGAAGGGAACAGAGUUUACAGACAGCUCUGUUCACAUACCUAGCAGGAAGCCACACCGGUUAAAAGUGGACAGCACACUGGAUGAUGCUGUAACCCCCUUUCCUUCAUAUCCCUGUUGAAUAAGAGCUCCUGAAGACUGCGUUCUUCUGACAGGGUCCCAAUAAGCAGGCCUCACACUUGAGCCCUUUUUUUGGGGGGGGAAACCAUGGCAACAACUAAACCUCCCAACGGACUCGGGCAUCAAAAGCACAUCAAGGCCGUUCAGUCAAAUGAUGCCGGCAGCCAAACGGAUGCUCAAGGCGAUGAACUGAGAGAGUUGCAGAGCCACAUACAGAAAGUGAAAGUAAAAGUGUUGGAGGAGAUCCAGGGCCAGCUUAAUGUCCUCCUGGACAAAGCCCUGACAGAGUCUCUUCAACCCCUCACCCAGAGAACUGCAGCCAAUGAGAAAACCAACAGCCACACAUCCAGGUCCCACAGAAUGGAGGAUGGAAAGGUGUUUAUACAGAGAGCUUCUCUGUUAGAUGAGCUGUUUGAGAUCAAUCACAUCAGAACCAUCUACCACAUGUUUGUCGCCGUGUUGCUUGUGUUCUGCAUCAGUACUCUUGCUGUCGACUACAUUGACCAAGGCAGGUUGGUGCUGGAGUUUGACCUGCUGUUCUAUGCCUUCGGGGAGCUGGGCAUCGUCACCUGGGCCUGGGGAUGGAUGUUUGUCUACACACUGGUCGUUCCCUACAACGCUGUGACCCUGUGGGGAACCGUCUACCAUGCAUCGGGAUCCAAGCUGGGUCUGUCCAUCGGCAUCGGCCUGGUCGUGGCUGCCAUGCAGGCCUGCGUGCUGGGGCUGUUCCCCGUGUAUGUGGUGGUACACUACCAGCUGCCCCCUGCAUCACGUUUCAUCGUAACUCUGGAACAGAUCCGCUUCGUGAUGAAGAGCUACUCCUUCAUCAGGGAGACUGUCCCUGUUAUCAGCAGGAGCGAGCCUCGGCAAGGAGAGACACAGAGAUUCCCAACCUUCUCGAGCUAUCUCUACUUCCUGUUCUGCCCUACCCUCAUCUACAGGGAGUCGUACCCAAGGAAUCCCGUCAUUCGUUGGGAUUACGUCCGUUCUACCGCUGCCAUGAUCCUUGGCUGUCUGUUUUAUAGCUAUUUCAUCAUGGUACGCCUUUGUGUGCCCGUCUUCAGAAACGAGGGAAGCAAACCAUUCAGUAAAAGAACACUGGUGUUAGCCUUGUUCAAUUCAUCACUUCCAGGUAUAAUGAUACUUCUGCUGGCCUUCUUUGCGUUCCUCCACUGCUGGCUGAACCUGUUUGGGGAGCUGUUGCGUUUCGGAGACCGGAUGUUCUAUAAGGACUGGUGGAACUCUGCCUCCUUUGCCAACUACUACCGUACCUGGAACGUGGUUGUCCAUGACUGGCUGUAUUACUAUGGCUACAGAGACUUCCUCUGGCUUUCCAACGGGAGGUUCCGCUCGGCCGCCAUGCUGUCCGUGUUCCUGGUGUCAGCCGUGGUCCACGAGUACGCCUUCACCAUGGGCUUCGGCUUCUUCUACCCCGUCAUGUUCUGCCUCUUUGCUGUGUUUGGCGUGAUUUUCAACUUCACCCUGAACGACAAGCGCCAGAGCCCUCUGUGCAACAUCUUCAUGUGGACCGGCCUGUUCAUUGGCCAGGGCGUCCAGGUGUGCUUGUAUUGUCAAGAGUGGUACGCCCAGAUCCACUGCCCACGGACAGGGAAUGGCUUCUGGGAGCUGGUGACGCCCCGGUCGUGGUCCUGCAACUACUCGACCUGAAGCGGAGGCAGCUGGUCUUCCUCAGACCUUGGGUGGGAGUGGAGUGAAUCACGCUGGGAGCUUAUAUUUAACCGUUUACUCAGUGAAAACCGAUGAUGAAAUAACUAAAUAAAUGAAGAAAAACACACAAAAACACAGACGGAAACAGCAUGCGAGGCUGUGUAGCUUCAUCACGGAUACCAGGAUAGGCCAAGAGGAAGAUAACUAGCUUGUCACAACUCACUGGCUUCUGAACCCCGAAUCUUUGAAUUCCAGAGGGCUAAGCCGUUUGUUUGAUGUGACAAAAUGAAAUAGUUCCAGUGGCCUCGCUUUGUAAAUAUAUCACUGCAAAAAUAACUCCUGCAUUCAUUCAUUCAUUCAUUCCGGAGGCAGAAAAUAUUGUAACAUCAUCUUUUUAUAAGCCUGCGGGUAUACCCGCAUGCUUUACAUUAAUAUGGUUAGUUCUAAUUUUAUAUUUUCACCAAAUAAUUUCCUUAAACAAUCAAUUAUUGAACGUAGUCUAUAGUAAAUACAUAUUUAUAAAGUCUGAACAAAGAGGGAGAAUUAUAAUUAAUAUUUAAUUUGGGAAGAAGCCAACUUACUAGGCAAGUGCACGUAGAACAAAGGUGCAAUGCCUCACCUGUCCUGUAGGGCGCCCUGUGCACCAAUCCCGCGCCCAUUCACGUUCAGCUCCAGCAAUCGGGGGAUGUGGCGGGGCCUGCCGGGUGUGGCCAGCGGUGUGUCCCCGGCCAGCCUCAUGCUGUGCAGUGACUUAUCAGUCUCCCACUGUGCCUGCGUUUGCCUGUGAAGUCAUUCAGUAUGAAGAGGAUUACAGUGUGUGCUUGGCACAGUAUUUACAUUUAUGAUGUAAUGCUUUGUCAGCUGACACCCAACAGGUUGCCCGACUAAUGCUGGAUGCAAAACCAUGUGAACGCCAUGUUGCUACCACGCUGUCAUGUGUUUGUUUAGACUGUAUCGAGACCAAGUCGAGAAGUAUUCCUAUUAUCAAGUAGGAUUUUUUAAGUUUUGCUGUACCAAAGUGAGAAUGUAUCUCCAGUUAACAAUCUCCCCUUUUUAUUGACACUGUUAAAUCAAUCAAGACCGCACCUCAAGUGCGUACAAACCUGAUUCUGUGAGUUCCUAGCGAUGGUAAGGGCAAGGGACUCAUGGACUGUGUUGGUGGACCUGGAAGGGGGUUCCAGUGAAGUUUCUUUGUCACCACUUUGAGGGAAGGCUGUAAUUGAUUGCUGAAACAGCUGAUAGGCACGGCCAGCUGUAAGUGGUAGUCUUUCCGUAGCUGUAAACAGUACAACAACUCUCAUCAUCGGCGGUGCUAAACUAUUAUUUCAUGUACUGUAGAUUGAUAGUGAUUACUGAUUUGGGAUAUGCGGUGAUAUCCCUGUGAUUGACAGGUUGGCGUAUGAGAAUACCUGUCAUCAUAGAUGACAGGUAUAUAUUUUAUUGAGUAUUGUAUUUUAUUGUAUUGCAUACUAAUCCAUCUCAGUUUUGACCUUGUAAAAACAUUCCACAUGCCUCUUGCCUAUUUUGGCUAUGGUUGUUAUUUGUAAAUAGUUGUCAUGGAUGGGAGUUAAACUAUAAACAAAUAAACAUGUUGCCUAUUUAGUGUUCUGCACUACUGUAUUAACGAACUUCCAAAAUAAAGAGGAAAAUGUCAA